GAUAAAUAAGAUCAAAUAACCCUAAUCUCAAAUUUCUUGCCCACCUUCUAGAUCCAUCCUAGUCGAAGAUUUCCUUGCAUCUGGAGAUUUCCUCGUGUCGCAGACCUUCUCGCAUCGCAGAACUUCUCAUGUUAUAACUCUAGUGUGUGGAUCUGCACUGGUGUUUCUUUCAUCACUUCCUCCCCUAGGUCACAAAGGCUUACUCGAAUCAUCUGGGCAGAUCUACCAUGUCCUUUGACCAUAACGGAUGUCACCGUGGCGCAGUUGAACUCGGAUCGUCAGUCACAUACGAGGCUCGCUCUAGCGUUCCCAUCAAUCUCAAAGCAAUUGCCACUGACUUUCCCAGCAGUUACUGCACUUCCACAAGGAACUGUAAGGAAGCAUUAGAAGGGGUAUGAGGACAUUAUUCCCCCAACACCGACUGCUCCAAUGAAACCCGGGGAAAAGCUGAAACGAAAGUACAAAAAGCAACCAGGGGGUCCAAACAAAUCGAGCGGUCAAUAAUCACAACGAAAUGAAUUCAACGGUUCAUAUCAAAAGAACUAAGUGAAGCGGAAACACGGAGCCGCUCGUGCCCAAAAUUUGGAGGGUUAUUCCCCUUAAAACCCUUGUCCCACUGGACCCCACCCCUUUCCCCCAUUCACCGUCAAAAGCAAACCCAGCCCCUUAACCAUGGUUACUUUUCUAACCACCCCACCCAAACCCAAACACACUCCUGUUAUCCUCUUUAUUACCUCCACCUACUCUCUCCAGACCUCACUCAUUCGCUCGCUCGCUUCCUUCCACCGUUCCACGUCGAGAAAGUAACGAAGUCGUACGCUGGAUAUGAGCUGCAAUGGUUGCCGAGUCCUCCGAAAAGGUUGCAGCGAGAAUUGUGUACUGAGGUCUUGCCUUCACUGGAUUGACACUCCUGAGGCCCAAGCCAACGCAACCUUGUUCCUCGCCAAGUUUUUCGGCCGUAGCGAUCUCAUCUCUCUCGUCUCUGCGGUGUCGGAACCUCAACGACCAGCUCUUUUUCAGUCUCUGUUGUUUGAGGCGUGCGGGCGGACCGUGAAUCCAGUGAACGGAGCCGUGGGGCUCUUGUGGAGCGGGAAUUGGCACGUGUGUCAGGCGGCAGUUGAGACGGUGUUGUCCGGUGGAGUUCUCCAGCCAAUUGGUGGGAUUUCGGGUGGUGCCUUCUUUGCGGAUGCAUGCGUGUACCCACAAUCGGAUGAUCCGUUCCUUUUGCAGAACAAAGCGUUUGGGUUCAAUCAGUCUGAAAGGUCUGGAGGAAGAGUUACGAUGUCGUUUUACACGGAAGAAUCAGAGAUCAUGACGAGCUUUGACAGUGGAACUGACGAUGCGAUGAAUUCGAAGCGACCAGGAGAAGAACAGAAGAAACUUUUGAAUCUGUUCAUUUGAGAGAGUGUUUUUUGAAAAUUCGGUGAGUAUAAUUGUAUUAGAGGAAUAUAUAAUAAAAAAGCCAAUUUUAAAAAUGAUAAA